GUCCCCUCCCCUCCCAGCCGCGGCGGCGAGAGAGGGCGGGCCGGCACCCGGAAGAAGAGCCUCCGCCGCCCGCCUGACUUCCCCAGCAGCCGGGCGGGGAGGGAAGCAGGCAGGCGGGCGCCAUGCUGCAGUUCUUGCUUGGUUUUACUCUUGGCAAUGUGGUUGGGAUGUAUCUGGCUCAGAACUAUGAUAUUCCUAACAUUGCAAAGAAGCUUGAAGAUUUUAAGAAGGAUGUGGAAGCUAAGAAGAAACCCCCCAGCGACAAGUCCUAAGAGAGCAAUGUCACAUCUGUGCAUCCAUCAAGGAUGCAACUUACCUUUCAGGCAACAAAGAUCAAGUAGAGGGUUGGCAUGGGAGGUUCCUCCACUUUUAGUCUCCUAGAACUGGAAUGUUCCUCUUUUGAAAGAGCAACCGUGAACUUUCCCUGGGACUGAUUUUCAAGGGUUUCAGAAUUUGGAUUUGCAGCCGAUAUGUGACUGGAUAAGAUCAUUUGUAUUUUUUGUUACUGCUUUUCCUAAUAUUUUGUAACCCAUUUUUACUUGAUCCAACCGGAGUCCUGUUAGUUAUGUUACUAAGCGUACCUCACUCUAUGUAAUACCCUAGUUCUUAGGACAUUGCAAAAGAAAUUAAAUGCAUAAAGAAGUAA